CUCUCCCUCCCACCCUCUCUCCCUCCCUCCGGCCAGGGACUGCCCCCGAGCUCCAGCGGGCGAGUUUGCCGUGGCUGGUCGUGAGCGUCCUGAGCGCUCUGGCUCACCUGGACAACCCUCCUCCCCGCCCCGCGCCUUGUCCCACCUAAACUCCUCGGAGAGCCUGGGUCGCGCUGCGCGCCGUCCCCCUCGCAUUCUUGCUCCCCGGGCAGGCGGCAGGCGGCGGCGGGAGUCGGGACGCGCGGCGAGAGGGGCGCCCCCGCCGGCCCCUCUGGGAACAUGGCGACCGGCGGCUACCGGAGCGGCGGCGGCAGCACCACGGACUUCCUGGAGGAGUGGAAGGCGAAGCGCGAGAAGAUGCGCGCGAAGCAGAACCCCGCGGGCCCGGGUUCGGGCGGCGGCGGCGAUCCAGUCGCUAAGUCCCCUGCGGGACCGCUGUCCCCAACCGGGGUCGCCGGGACCUCUGAGCUUAACCACGGCCCCGCGGGCGCGGCCGCACCUGCUGUCCCCGGGCCCACCGCCCUGAACUGCGCUCUGGGUCCUUCGGCGCUGCCCCGCUCGGCUCCCGGCUCCCGGCGGCCGGAGGAGGAAUGCUCGACCGUCGCUGCAGUCGCGGGGGCGCCCGCGUCCCGGGGCGACGAGGAAGAAACGGACGGCGCCCCGGAGAAGGGCCGCAGCUCGGGGCCCAGCGCCAGGAAAGGCAAGGGGCAGAUCGAGAAGAGGAAGCUGCGGGAGAAGCGGCGCUCCACCGGCGUGGUCAACAUCCCCGCCGCGGAGUGCUUAGAUGAGUAUGAAGACGAUGAAGCCGGCCAGAAAGAGCGGAAGCGAGAAGACGCCAUCACACAGCAGAACACCAUUCAGAACGAAGCUGCGAGCCUCUUAGACCCAGGCACUUCCUACCUGUCCCAGGACCCGUCAAGAACAGUUCCAGGCAGAUACAAGAGCACAAGCACUGCCCCAGAAGAUGAUGACUCCAGCCGAUAUCCCCGACCAGACAGAGGUGGCUUCAACAGACACAGCCGAGAUGCCAACAUGGCCAGCAGCUUCGCCUCCAGUACCACAUUGGAAAAGAGAAUUGAAGAUCUGGAAAAGGAAAUAGCCAGAGAAAGGCAAGAAAACCUCAGGCUUGUAAGACUGAUGCAAGACAAAGAGGAAAUGAUAGGAAAACUCAAGGAAGAGAUCGACUUGUUAAACAGAUCCAACGACAAAAUGUACGCUCAAGACAAUGCUGUGUGGCCCUUGUCAUGCAGGUGGACUCUGUCAAGUUUUAAUAUUCUAAACAGCAAAGAUAAGUCUUUACAUGUCUACUCUUCCUUCAACUGCUAUUUCUCAUAGCUAAAACUUACUAUGGUUUUAGUACAGGCCAUAUGGCUAUCUAUAGCACAGGGAACACGUGUGUGUGUGUGUGUGUGUGUGUGUGUGUGUGUGUGUCUGGUGUCACAAUUUUAAAACCUUGAUUUCUGGCUGGUUUUGAAAAACUGGGUGUUCCAGGAGAAUUGGCCCAGUCAAGUAACGUUAGAGCAUAGUCCGUGUAAUUUUUAGAGCUUAUUACUUUAAAAUUAAUAGAGUAAAUGAGUUAUCUUUGUGUUUUAUUUUCAUUUCAAGUCUCCGUUAGAAUGUUUUUCAGUAUUUUUUAAAGUGUUUUCUCUUUCCCCCUCUCCCCAGGACCUUGAUGAUAUAGAAGAUGAAAAUGAACAGCUCAAGCAGGAGAAUAAAACUCUUUUGAAAGUUGUCGGGCAGCUGACAAGGUAGAA